UUUUUCAUCGCGACAGCCGUAGCAGACGUUAGUAUUCUACGGUUGUGGAUUGUGGGUGGAUGACAAACGGCUGUGUGUACAUAGAUAUCGCGAAAACAUUGGCCGCUGACAAAUGGCGUCGAGCAAGGAUGACGGGAUCGAGGAAAAAAUCGCCGAGCUGUCGGUCGAGCCAGCGAACACGAGCAAAGACGUGGCCGGGAAGCCGGAGCCCACCAGCGUCUUCGGGCCACACCUGUCCGGCUUCGAGACGUCCGAACUCUACAAGCUGGCCCUCAAUUUUUACAAAGAAAAAGAAGGCAAGGCAGUCCACCUCUCGUAUGAAGAGAAGAUGAAGCUAGUGGCCUUCACGCAGCAAGUGUCCCAUGGCAAGUACAGUCCAGAAAAGUCGCCUGAGCUUGGUGUCCUGGACGUGAUCGGUCGGGAUAGAAAGGCAGCAUGGCAAGGCUUGGGUGACUUGUCCAAGAAUCAGGCCAUGGAAGGCUUUGUGCUUCUUCUGGACGAUCUCUGUCCGUUGUUCAGAACCUUUGUGGAGGCCCACAAGCGGGACAUCGAGGAGAAGGCACGACUCAAGAAGGAAGAAGAGCUGCGGGCCAUCGAGGAGGAAAAGAAACAGAGGAAGGCCGAGCUGGCGAAGAAGAAGGAGCAGGAAGAACGACAAAAAGAGGCAUACCAGCGCAGGCAGAUUCAGGAUGCACUGAAUCAGCAGACGUACUAUCAGUUCAAGGCCUACGCGGAACAGCAGUACCCAGGCAAUCCGGAACAGCAAGGUGUGCUUAUCAGGCAACUGCAGGAGCAGCAUUAUCAUCAGUACAUGCAGCAGUUGCACAAAAAUCAGUCGCUCAUCGAAGAGAAGGAGAUCUUUGACAAAAAGGACAUAAAGGACAGCGAUCUUAUCCUUGGGGUUGGUAAUGGCAAUGAGAUCGUGUCUCUGGUAUCGAAUGAGAAUCCAGUGACGAACAAUGACGAGGAGGAAGAAAACGAUCAGGAAGACGAAGUGGAGGAGGAGGAGCAACCAGAUGUUCCGGUGAUAGUACCAGCUGAGAUGUGGACGAACAAGGAUAUAAAACAAUUCAAGGAGACGAUCAAACGCGAAGCCGCAGACGCGGUGCUCAAAGUUGGUCACGGCGAGACGGUGACUGUACGAGUGCCGACUCACAAAGAUGGCUCGUAUCUGUUUUGGGAGUUUGCGACGGAUGACUAUGAUAUUGGUUUUGGGGUGUAUUUCGAGUGGACUACGCCAAAAACGACGCAGGUGUCGGUGCAUAUCAGUGAGGACGAAGACGACGAUGAGGAUGAGGAAGAUUAUGAAACCAGGGAGGAUUUGGAGUGUGGAAGCUCGACUGAAGGGAAACCGGAUUUCAAGCCGAGCGCUGUACCUAUCAGCGUCAUCAUUCCAAUUUAUAGGAGAGAUUCGCAAGAGGAGGUGUACGCAGGUAGUCAUCAGUAUCCUGGACAGGGUAUUUAUUUACUGAAAUUCGAUAAUUCAUACUCGCUCUGGCGGAGCAAAAAACUCUACUACAGAGUUUACUAUACAAAGGCGGAUAAUAAAACAGAGUAACGCUGCCGAUGGUGGUUUAUUAAAAGACGAUUAAUGUUAUUUUUAAUGAAUAAUUGAAUGUUGGAACACGAGAGCCAUCGACGCGCUGGUUUUACAACGCUGUUAAAUGCUAGUCCAUUAAAAUAAACAAUAAAAAUUGAGAACACUCGACAACUAUUUUCAUGCAAGGAGAGCGCGUCCUCUUUUCAAUUAACAAAACGUAGCUGAAGGAAAACACUGAAAGGAAAAAUUUAUAUAUUUGUUGAAAUGAACGUCUAGGAUAUACUUUUUUUUAUCUUACCGUCAAGAUGGAUAGAGUUAAUUCUCAAUGUUUCUUACCCGCGUGAUUACGUAUACAUGUAUGAGUGUGUAAAAUAACAGUCUAAGGGUAGUGAGUAGCGAGAGUAUGAGCCGUGAGGGUGCGAUCAAAAUUCAUACUUACGCACGAGCGCACGCAUGUGUAAAAAUUUGUGUAAGUCGUAAGUAUACUGCAGUAGAUGUACAAAUGAAAAUUGUGACGCACAUUGUCAUGUGCGCACUUUUGCACAUAAAUUAUUUUCGGAACGUUAAUGUAAGAUGUAAAUGCUCUGAUUGUCAUGUGUUUUUGUUGUUUUUUAAUAUUGUUUCCAAGUUUUUAAUCAUACUUUAUACAACUCGAUUAAUAAACUUUUUUUUUAUAAAUGUUUUAUCAGGAAUAGUUAAAUGUGUGCUAACUAUGUAUGUCAUGAAGUGGAACACAAGUUAACACAGAAUAUGCACGAUGUGUAUAUUAUGUAAAAUCGAAAAUUCAAACAGAGUCCUCGAAAUCAAAAUUUAAGUAAAUCAGUGUUGGUUGAAAGAUUUCGAAUGUCAUUUUAUGCAUACCUUAAUAAUGUGUUCAAUAACAAUUUUUUACGGGCUCUUUUUGGAAGCUUUUUCAAGACUUGAGGGCAUUUGCAAAUCCUCCAAAUUGCGCUGAUUUACAUUCGUAAUUCCUUGAAGGAAUAAAAAAAGUCGAUACGGCAAUAUAUAAGCAUAAUCUAUUUUUUCAAUCAGAGACAGUAAUCGACUCGAGAGGGUAGAUUAAAAACCGCUAUUUCCCGAUUCCCCACGCAAGCGUCUUGAUUAAGAGUAUCGAUGUAUUUUCUAAGGACCGUCGUACUAACUUAAUAUUUUGUUUUUAAUUAUUAAUGAACUUCAAAAUUUGUG